AUGAACCGCAGGCUUGGAUACGUUAGCAUGCCGCUCGUACUGGCAGCUAUAAAUCUGAAGCUUUCCCCCUCCCGGAAGGAGAUGGAGGCAAGACAGCGCCGUUUGAAUUCUCUGAUUCAAGUUAUUCGUCACUCAGAGACACUCUACGAUGUCGCUGAUUUUGUUGCUAUUGGAACCAACCAUAUCCUGCAACUUGCCUAUACGACAACACAGAACCUCUUCUUGGAAGAGAAACCACCUCAGUCAUAUUCAUCCGAUAACAUGAGGAGAGAUAAGAUUUUAUCUAGCACCCGGCGCUCGACUAGAGCCUCGUUCAAACCAAAUCGCCCAACGAGCUGGCAGGAUGCGUUUAUUCAGUGCCCGAGGGCAUAUCUUUUGAUAUCAACAUCUGUGGACUAUAAUCUGUCAAUCGGACGACUGCCAUCCGUAGGUGACCUUCCUAGAAUUGUUCGCGAGCUUCCAGCAAUCGGCGUUAUUGAGCGACUUCCGUGGCCAUCUGAUAUUCUGCCAUCGGAAUCCUUGAGGCCCCUUGAAAACCACGUGAACCACUUACAGCAGCAGCAGAGGUUCUCUCCAAGAGUGCAUUUAUCCCUUCUAGAAUGGAGAGCUGCCUUGGAACCCAGAACCCCCGAGACCGAGCUUGAGAAAACCCUCAGCCCGCAAACGGCCCAAAUCAACUACAACUCAUCACCAGAUACAUUUUCAGACUAUCCCGCAACGCUUUCAUUCAUUAUGGACGAUCAACAGCAAUACAUCAACAGAGUAGCGGCACAAACGACUUACGGAAAUACUGCACCGAAUCUGAAUUUCAUGGACUUACGAGGUUGCCGCAGUGUAUCAAACAGUGCGGCGGAAACUUGUGCUCGGAGAAUUCCAUUGGAAAUUGUCGGUCAAGACUUGCAGACGGAAAGCCUGCUGAAGCAACCAGUCUUCGACACCCAUGCUGCCACCUUAACCCAUCCGGUCAAAGGGAUUCCCUCCACAAUUUUUGACUCGUUCUUUCACGAAGCAUUUGGACAGAACUGGGCCGUUUGA